AUGGCCAAGUCCAAGAACGCGUCCCAGCACCACAGCAGCCAGAAGGCUCACCGUAACGGUAUCAAGAAGCCCAAGACCAACCGUUACCCUUCCCUCAACGGUGUCGACCCCAAGUUCCGCCGCAACCACCGUCACGCUCUCCACGGCACCAUGAAGGCCCUUAAGGAGCGCAAGGAGGGCAAGCGCGAGGUCGCAUAGAUUAUGAACUCAGUCUUAAAAAAAUGGGAAACAUGAAAUGCAACUCGAGCGUGCAAGAGGUCCAGAGAACAUAACGUGUGUGACGAUGAAGGACGGUCCGCUGUGUCGAAUAGGCCUGAUUUUUGCUUAUUUCUUGCGCGACGAGCCUCGAGUUGUUUGAUAUCAGGAAAUCAACAGGCUUAAUUCGAUGUGCACAGCGGUGCCAUUUUCCCAAGCGGAAUCUCUUCUGCUAUAUCCCUUU